ACAACUACUGCCCCAACCACGACUACUACUGCUCCAACCACAACAACUACAGCUCCAACCACAACAACUACUGCCCCAACCACAACUACUACAGCUCCAACCACAACAACUACUGCCCCAACUACAACUACUACUGCACCAACCACAACAACUGCACCAACCACAACAACUACUGCACCAACCACAACAACUACUGCCCCAACCACAACUACUACAGCUCCAACCACAACAACUACUGCCCAAACUACAACUACUACUGCACCAUCUACAACUUCUACUGCUCCAACCACAACAACUACUGCACCAACUACGACAACUACUGCACCAACCACGACAACUACUGCUCCAACCACAACAACUACUGCCCCAACUACAACUACUACUGCACCAACUACAACAACUACUGCUCCAACCACCACAACUACUGCACCAACCACAACUACUACUUCUCCAACCACAACAACUACUGCUCCAACUACAACUACUACUGCACCAACCACAACAACUACUGCACCAACCACGACAACUACUGCCCCAACCACAACUACUACUGCUCCAACAUCAACAACUACUGCUCCAACCACAACAACUACUGCCCCAACCACAACUACUACUGCUCCAACCACAACAACUACUGCUCCAACCACAACAACUACUGCCCCAACCACAACUACUACUGCACCAACCACAACUACUACAGCUGCAACCACAACAACUACUGCCCCAACUACAACUACUACUGCACCAACUACAACUACUACUGCACCAACCACAACAACUGCACCAACCACAACAACUACUGCACCAACCACAACAACUACUGCCCCAACCACAACAACUACUGCCCCAACCACAACUACUACAGCUCCAACCACAACAACUACUGCCCAAACCACAACUACUACAGCUCCAACCACAACAACUACUGCCCCAACUACAACUACUACUGCACCAACUACAACUACUGCUCCAACCACCACAACUACUGCCCCAACCACAACUACUACUGCUCCAACCACAACAACUACUGCACCAACUACAACAACUACUGCACCAACCACGACAACUACUGCUCCAACCACAACAACUACUGCCCCAACUACAACUACUACUGCUCCAACCACAACAACUACUGCACCAACCACAACAACUACUGCACCAACCACGACAACUACUGCCCCAACCACAACAGCUCCAACCACAACAACUACUGCCCCAACUACAACUACUACUGCACCAACCACAACAACUACAGCACCAACCACGACAACUACUGCUCCAACCACAACUACUACAGCUCCAACCACAACAACUACUGCCCCAACCACAACAACUACUGCACCAACCACAACAACUACUGCACCAACCACGACAACUACUGCACCAACCACAACUACUGCCCCAACCACAACAACUACAGCUCUAACCACAACA